AUGUCGAAUGCUUCUAAUCUUGUUGCGAAAGAAUUAAAUGAUCAAUAUGCAGUAAGUUUAAAAACCACAAUCCACAUGGAGCAAUUGUUGAGCUCGGAAAGCUGCAUUUUCGGGAUUUUUUUGGUCCUGAGACGAUGCUAAUAGGCUGGCAAAAAUGUGGCAAUGAGGUCCCAAAUGCAAUUGUUUUUUUUACAAAUUUACAAAAAUACAAUUUUUCCGCUUUAGCCAAAAAAUAACAAAUAUAACGUUCCGAUUUUUCAGUUUCAGUUAUUUCGAAAAAAAUAACUUCUAACCUUAAAUUUUACAGUUCUAUUCUAUUUUUCUGUCGUUGCCUUGUGUUUCUCUAUUUUCUCAUAUAUGAUGUUCUCAAUGAAAAUGUGAAAUUUCCGGAUUUUACGAAAAAAAAAACCAAAUUGAAAAAAUAAACGAGAGAGUGUUGUGUGUAGAAGAGACGAAGACAAAAGGAGAGAAAAUGAGAGAUAGAAACGCGUAAGAGAGACGCCAGACAACACGACGGUUUGUGAAUUUUUUGCCAACCUCAAAACCAUUUUUCGUUUUUUCACAAAAAAUGCUAAAAUCGUUCAUACUUAACCAAGCUUCACAAUCUUUGCUGCAAACAGUAGCAAAUUUACGAGAAUAGAGAUUGCAAGAAGAAAACCCUAGAAAACUUUUCUCCAAACACCAAAAACCUAUGAUUAUAGGUUUUUCGGCUUGAUUUCCCUCGAUUUUUAUAAUGUUCUUGCAUUAUUGUAUUCUGGUAUUACUAAUACAACAAAUCAUUGAAUUCUGGUACCAUUAAAAAACGUGACUUGUAUUCUGGGUGGCCAUUUUUGACAUUUCUAUAAAUAUUGCAUUGUUUUUGCCAGCCUAGAUGCUAACAAGUUUAUAAAUACCAAAUUUUGAAACGAAAAACUAUGCAAUAAUUAUUCUCCAAAUGAGAAGAGCAAUUUUAUUCGAAAAGGUUUUGAUUAUGCCACGUGGAACUAUUGUGCCGAAAGAAAAAUCUUGAACUAAAAUAAAUUUCUAUUUUCAAAAUAAAAUUUUUUUUUGAAACUUAGGCGGCUCGACGAAACCAUGACAUGCAAAUGGCUGAAAUUCAGAAAAGUUUGGCUGAAAAACGAGCAAAACUUGAUGCUUUGAACGAAAAAAUGUGAGUUAAAAAACGCUUCGCCGGGUUGAAAUAUUUCUGCUUUAGAAAACAAGAAAAAGCUCGUCAUGCUGAAAAAAUCAAGAAACUUCGAGCUGAUCAAGAGACGGAAAAGAGAGAUCGAAAGAAAAUCCACGAAAUCGAAAUAAGAAGAUAUUUCGAUAAAAUUUCGAAAGGUGUUGAAAGUUAUUCGACCCUUGAAAUUGAUCAGAAAAAUCACAAUAACAGAGUUUUGGAAGCGAGUAAAGAAGAAAAAGAGGUUCAAACCAGAAAUUCGGAAAUCUUCGAAGUUAAAGUGGCUGGUGAACUUGUCAGAACUUAUAUUGAAUUUGUUUUGGAAGCAGUUAUGGAUGAAAACGAAAAUGACAUCAGCGAAAGAAUUUCAGCAGCCAAGAUUGAAAUCAAGAAAUUCAAUGAAAUGGUUUCGAAAGACAAGAAAUUCGCAGUUCUGAAAAACGAAUUCAAAGUUUUGGAAACCAAAGAUUUUGACGAAAUUGAGAAAGAACUUGAGAAAUUCCAGAAAAAGAUUUCAGAUGUUCUCAAAACAAACAGCAGUUCAUCGAAAUCUGUUCUCGAUGUUAUUGCCGAAAAACCAAAAGCUGCAAUCACAAACUGA